AAAUACCUAUAUUCCACUUUACAGUUUAGGUUUUCUGCAGUCAUCAGUAUCCAGCAUGCGUGGAUUAUGUGUGCAUGUGUGCCUGAGUCGUGUGUAGCAGCAUGUUCUUGCUCAUGACACCACAGGAUUAGAAGUGUAGGUUUAUUUUAGAUCUUUUAGCCUUUAGCUGGGCAAAGGCAACCAUGUGAGGUGCAAUUAAGCCCCUCCCUCCCGCUGUAGUCAGGCACCUUUCAAAGACAGCCUCCACAGAUGCCACACCCUCUUACUACUUGGGUGUAAGAAGUUCUCACAGUGCUUUUAAAGGGUAGCUAAACAACGGUAUCAACACAUAAACCACUGACUCUGCAUGGCCAGCGAUGGAUCCAAGUAUCUUUCCUCCAUCCGUAAAUUGGUUUCUUCUUUAAUGCCUCACGUUUUUUUCUUCCAACACUUUAAAUGCAAAACUGAACUCUUAUCCUACUUGAUGCUGUGUGUUGCUAAAAUGCCGUUCAUACCACCUGUGACAAUUGCGCGGCCGCGCUCUGUCUCUGUGUUGGGGCUGACUGGGAGAGAGAGGCCCAUGAACAGCACUUCAUCUACAGCCACCUUGGCCAAGAAUAAGACUCCAGCAGAAGAUAAGGGCGGCUCAGUAAAGGAACGUCUGACAUUAAACCUGAAGCAACUGGGGAAGAAGAGCCAGCCCAGGAGCCAUCUGCCGACCAGCAAGAGGGAGUCAGUGGCGGAGCUGCAUGUGAGGACCAGGGACCGGUUGUUGUCUUCAUCUCAAACACUCUCAAGCAGCUUACCUGGCUCCAGCUCAGGUGAGUCCCUGUCUAAGGUACAGCAGCAUGGCAUGGGGAGCCGCAUCCCUGUAAGGAGUGAACCAGUGGUGAAGACUGGGGUGAGGCAUCAGGAAGAGGCCCUUUUUACAUUGACUCUCACACCAGAAGCUGUUGUGCUGCUGCAGCGCAGGAGCAAUGAGAGACUUCAGCGUUUGGCAGCCAGAAAUGCUGGUAGUGGAGCGGGCAUUACUGGCAACAACACUGAAUCCAGGCGCAGGCGGGACAACCUGCCUAAAAGGCAUCAAGCAGCAACACGACAUGGCACACCAAACAGCAGGGUCACUGUUAAAGCCAGUGCCUCUGAUGGUGAACCAGGAGACAUUAGCUCCCUUUUGAAAAUAUCACUACUGAACGAACAAUACAAGUAUGAUGAUGUAGAAUAUGAGGAAGAGGAGGACUGUGGUGUCGAUGAGCGUGUGGUGCUGAAAUGCACUGAGUGGCUCCGUGGGUUGGAAAACGCACCAGUAACAGUGGGGAACAGCUUCAAUACGGGUGCAAGCAGUCUGAAAAGUUUCUGAAGGAUGAAAUGAACCUGGAAGAAUGCUGGAAACGUGGAGUAUGGCCUUCCAACCUUGGUUCAAAUAUUCGAUUUGAAAUUCCAUUUCAAAACCAUCACAAAGCAUCUUUCAUAACUGGUUCUGAGAAUAAAUGAAAUGCCUUGCAUGUGAUUUUUGAGAGAAAUCAUUUCAUUCUACAUUAAUAGGUACUUGAUUUUCUAACAAGGUCAAAGGAGAGGUUUGUCAGGAUUUUUAUUUUUUCACUGAAGCAGACAUUUCAUAGCAACCAUUGUUAAUGUUUAAAAACAGAUUAGUAACAUAAUAAACCUCAGUCCCUCUUGUAAAGGACAGAAAAAAACCCAGGUACUACCUUUUAUCACAUACAUGUCAGCAAGCUGGUAUUAUGAUCCAUCAUUAGGAUCCAUCUGCUGUCUAAAUCUGAUCUUUGUUGUUUAUUGGUUAUGAAGUUAGUUUUGCUAGUCUCAUAAUUUUGUAUAACUUGAAAAAAAGUAUGUGGCAACAGAAACAUGAUGGUAUUUUCCAGUGUUCCUCCAUAGCUUUAAUAAAAGAGGGGAUUUCCACAUGAAGACAUUGUUUUAUACAAGGCACAUUUAUCAUUUUUA